AUGGAUGAUGAAUUUACAAUACGGGGUGUGCUACUGGAGAAAACAGAAACACACGAGGAGCAUGAUACUUCUACUGAAAAUGCAGAUGAUUCUAACCAUGAUCCUCAGUUUGAGCCCAUAGUUUCACUUCCUGAGCAAGAAAUAAAAACUCUGGAAGAGGAUGAGGAAGAACUCUUUAAGAUGCGAGCAAAGCUGUUCCGAUUUGCGUCUGAGAAUGACCUUCCAGAAUGGAAAGAACGAGGAACUGGUGAUGUAAAACUCCUGAAGCACAAGGAGAAGGGAACAAUUCGCCUCCUCAUGAGGAGGGAUAAAACCCUAAAAAUCUGUGCAAACCAUUAUAUCACACCCUUAAUGGAGCUGAGGCCUAAUGCUGGGAGCGACAGGGCAUGGGUCUGGAACACAUAUGCUGACUUUGCAGAUGAAAGCCCCAAGCCUGAACUUCUGGCAAUCCGAUUUUUAAAUGCAGAAAAUGCACAAAAAUUCAAGGCAAAAUUUGAAGAAUGCAGGAAUGAAGUAGACAAGAGAGCAAAGAAAGCAGGCACAGACAAAAAUGAUAGUGCUGAUAAAGUUGCUGAAAAACUAGAAGAGCUUUCUGUAAAGGAAGAGAGCAAAGAUUCCGAGAAGAAAGAGACCAAGGAAAAAACUGAAGAAAAGCAAUAAAUCAUCCUGGGCCUUGCAGAAUUUCCUUUAGUUUUUCUUUCUUUCCUUUUUUUUUAAUUUUUUACAAGGGACUUUAUAAGGAACUGAAUUCAAUGUUCAGGUUGUUUUUUCUAAGCUUUUGCCCUUUUGAAGAUGUCUUCAGAAAAUCCAUUCCCUGGUCAUGAAAAUGUACUGUGCUAACUUUCUUUUCCAUAGUGGAAACACUUAUUUAUAGUCAUCCAAAAGAGUGAAUAAAACAAACCUGAAA